CCUAUCUUAUCAGAUAGAAGCUCCCUCGAGUCCCUUCGUCCACGCCCCCCCCCCCCCCUCGCCGCAAGCACCCCUCGACGAGCUUCCCUGCGUCGCUUGGUGGGGUUUCGAUUGUAGAAACGUCCAAGAUGCCGCCGAGGUCGUCUCUCACGUCGUCUUUCUCAAUCACCGAUGCGAAUAACGAGGUUGUCUGCCCGCUGCGCAACCAAGAUGGCUCCAGCUGCCGCAAACGCUGCAUCGGGGAGAAGCGGUACCGCUCAAUGCAGGAGCACAUACGUCGGGCGCACCCAGAGUACUACAUCGCCAAGCUACCUGCGACCGAGGAGAGCUUCCUGCUCAUGAUCAAUACUUCCCCGAGCGAACGACCCCAAGCCCAGCCAACUACCGGGCCACCCCAUCACCAAGCCCAAGGGCCGCUGCAUGGCUUCCGACGAGAUGAGUCCAAUGGGCCCGGCACGCCACGGAGAUUCGAGGAAUAUUCUGGGGGCCCUAUGUUUCCCGCUGCUGCAGCGCUCGCCCAGCUGCACAAUCAUAAAAGUGACUCGGGGUGGGAGUCAGACCUGGAAUGGCACUCUGAUACGGAAGGGGCAAGACGACGGCCGAGGUCCUCGGUCGAGCUGCCACCGAUACAAUUCUCAAGUGCGGAUAUCACGAGCGCACCACUUCCCAGCCUCGAUUCUGGCCGGCAGCGCGAUCUUCUCCCUUCGAUCAUGGCCCAUUCACCCCCAGGGCGCUCAUCUACACUCCCACCAUUGCACAGGCCGCUAGGGCCAGCUCGGCCCCGGAAACAAUCAAUUUCCAAAAGGGGGCACCAUAGGAGGAAAUCUAAAGCGCUCGGGUCGGAUUGGCUUCGCCGAAUACAAAACGACGGAACUACCGAUCUGUUACGGCCCGGCAAUCAUGAUAGAAAGGCCCUCUCAGCCGAGCCAGGUACAGAUUAUGGUAAGCGUUGGGAGGAUCUGAUCGAUGCGGCGGCCUCGGCAACGGAAGACAUAGAUGAGGACAGAACUCCAGUGAGUCUCAAGUUCCCUUCGAUGCUCGACCCGCGCCUGACGAGCCAGAUGCCGCAAUCGCCCGUUUCUAUCCAGAGGUCGUCCCUACCGCCUGUCACCCAAAACCCGUUCACAAAUUACCAAGCAUCCCCUCUACAACGAGCGCUCACCCCUCCGUCGUACAACCCUGAAGCUCCUGAUCCGUUCCCGUCGGUCGAGAGCGGCGAAAGCGGAGAUACUUUCCAUAUCGACUCGCGCGGUUUAACCUCGGACUCGUCCCCGAGCUCGUCCCAGAACACGCAGAUCUACUGCGCCGCCUGCCAGGGCAUCUCGCUCCUGAGGGAGUCGUACGCCUGUACCGAGUGCAUCUGCGGUCUCUGCCAAGCCUGUGUUGACGUCCUGAUGGGCGAGCAAGGCGCGCGCAGAAAGUGCCCUCGGUGCGCUACGAUAGGAGGCCGGUUUAAACCGUUCCAGCUCGAUAUUCGGUAGUCACCGGACGCUCUUUCACGGACUGGACCUAUCUCGAGAUUCCCCAUCCUUUCAUUUUCCCGUAUUUAUCCAUCUCCCUCUUUCCCUCAUUAUUCCAAUUUUA